CACUUUGCUUUUCUUUUGACUGAUUUUGACGUUUUACUUUACAAGUGUUAACUAGUUUAUAAGCACGUGUGAAAAAGUGUAUUAUAAUAAAUUGUAUUAAAGAAUUUUCCAGGUGCUAAGUUAAACAUAUAAAGUUGGUGCUCCACUCAUUUUGAAAGCUCGGAUUUUUGUGCAAAUCGUGUUCAAUCUUUCUUAUCCUGGUAAAAUCAACCAUAUCGUCAAGAUGUCUGUAAAAAGUAGUCGUCACAGCUCUAGCAAGUCAUGCACACCUUCCUCGAUAUUGAAAAGGCCUACAACCAUGAGAAGCCGUAUCAGUGCACUACAAAACACUCCCUCUAAGGUCCAUUUUGUCUUACCUCACUCAUCAAAGGUAAGAUCUAUUCUUGAAGAAUUCUCUUCAAAAGGGUCUUCCAGGGAGUAUGAACAGCUGAUUAUAAUGAUCAGAGAUGCUACAUUAACCAACGAUGAUAUAUCGGCUCUGUUGAAAGAAGCUACAGAAUGUAUAACCCUUCUAAAUCAAAAUCUAAGAUUAUUCGUGGAAGCUCUAGUUUCCGUAGAAUGGAUUGACAAAAAUGAGAAUGUGGUGUCAGAAUAUAGGUCUUUCAUAGUGGAUCUACUGGCUGCUCAUAACUAUCACUGUAAGAUGGUUAUAGAUAAGUUGGUUAGAUUGUUUUUACCAAGUCCCACGGAUCCUGAUUGGCCUGAUGGAAUACCUACAGCAGAAGACUGUGGAAAAUAUAUGAAUCUACACACUCUAUUUAAUGUAUUAUUAGCUAUAGUUCCAAUGUGUAAAGAAUUAUUUUAUAUCUCUAUAUGUAAUCAAUUCCCAUAUUAUAAUAGACCUACACAUACACAAGAAUUGUAUAUUCAUAAUUUAUUGUGGAUACUAGAAUAUCAACCAACACUAAGGCCUGAAAUACUAAGGCUUAUCUUUUCAAAAUUGGUCAUAAUGGAUGUAAAUGCACCAAAAGAAGAAAUUGAAAAAUAUCUGAAUUCUGAACAAGAUGAAGACAUAUUUUCCAUGGACGACGAUUCCAAGUCUAUUAGAACAACAACCACAGGCUUCACAAAAGUCGAUAGAAGUGCAUUAGGACACACUCUAGAUGUAUGUUUAGAUAAAAUAUUUCAUUACAUAGUAACGGAAUGCCACAACUCGGAAGGCUUAAAUUGGGAGAAAACGAAAAAGUUAUAUUUGGACAUCUUGCCCAUUUUUGAUGAAGUCAUUUUGAAGACUUACGGCCUUCAUCAUGUACAGUUUGUGAUGUUUUUGAUGAGCAGUUUCAAAACGACAAUAGCUGAAGGGUUUUUGAAUUAUUUGUGGAAGAAAGUAUGCAAUCCAAACGUUGCUCCAAUUUUGAGGCAAGCCGCAGUUAAUUAUAUUGCUAGUUUGAUAGCAAGAGGAAGUUUUGUUCCAUUAUCAAUGAUAAAAGGAACUAUGCAGCAAUUAGCAGAAUGGAUUCACAGUUAUAUAUCAGCACAAGACGGAUUGGAAUAUGUCAAUUCAGAUCUUAGGGUUCAUUCAGUAUUUUACAGUGUCUGUCAAGCACUCUUUUACAUCGUGGCCUUUAGAUACAAAGAUCUUGUACAUAGUAAGAAAAAUAUAACCUUUUUGGAAAGCCUAAACAUGUCAAAAAUGGUAACGUCCCGCUUAAAUCCAUUGAGGGUAUGUCAACCAGCGGUAGUGCAAAAUUUUGCAGCAGUCACUAGAAAAUAUCAAAUAGCCUAUUGUUACACUGUAAUGGAACACAAUUCCAGAAACGUCCUACCGACAAUAUAUCAGGAUGAAAAGGGAACCAUUGUUGUUUCAAAUAAUGUACUAGAUGCUUAUUAUCCUUUUGAUCCAUAUUUACUUGUAAGAUCUGGCGAAAAAAUUAGGUCAAUAUAUAAAGAGUAUGAAGAAACUAGUGAAGAAAUAGAAGAAAUCGAUAUGAAAGAGACUGAAGCCGAUGAUUUUUUAUUCAAUGAAAGUGGGGGAUCAGGAAAAAACAAGUCACAUCAGUUUUCGUAUGGGAGCUCGCCCGGUUUUAAAUUUAAAUAGAAAAGUUCUUGCUCUUUCGAAUAAAGAUCAUGAUUAGAAUCUGUUACAGAAGUUUUAUCUGUAAGGUUUCCUGACUGUGGUAUUCUCUAUGGCGCACAGUGGUUCCAAAUGCUGAAAACGUGGUCAUGAGGUAAAAUAAAAGUCCCUAUUUAGGGAUUUUCAUGUUUACAGUUGUUUUCUCAUACUAUCUUAGAGUCGUAAUGCGCAUGUAUAAAGAUCAGACCGGAUAUAUUCUUAUUCAUAACUCCAGGGCAAUUGAGCCAUGUACGACCUUAUUUUGACUGACAGUGAAAGUCAAAAAUAAUGCGUAUAUUAAAAAUGCUUUAAAACGUUUUGUAAUUUAUCAAUUUUAUUGCUGUAAAGCAGAUUCUUCUUUUCAAAAUAUGUAUUAAUGUAAGAUAAAAGUUGACUAAAGAUUUGAUAAGAAUAAAUACACAAAAUUUGUUAACGAAUAAACAGUAAAAAUAUACUUGAAAUACCUAUUCAAAAUUUCGUAAAAAUACACUUAACAAGUACAUAAUUCUGCGAUUAAUGUUUAUUAACCUCAAAAAGUACAGUCAGAAGAUACAGAAUCACAUUGGUUUAACUGCCUUUGCAUUGCUGGCAGUUUUUUUAAUACCAAAGUGCGAAAUGACGCAUAUUAUAUAAUUCUGGCGAUUGUUGCGUAUGUAUGGGCAGUUGUACACUGACCGGCACAAAAAACGGCCACCCCACAAAAUAAUUCAUUUUUGAUGUCUCGAAUUUCCUGAACCUGUUGUCCGAUCUAAGUGAUUUUUUUUAAUAUGUUAUAGCCUUAUUCUUUAGCAAUAUCGCUGUAAUAAUAUUCUUGCCAAACAGGUAAAUUAUCAUUGUAUACCAGGUGUACCAAUCAAACUGUGUUUUUUUCUCAAAGUUCGCAUAACCUUGUGGAAUAUUCUAGCAUUUAUAAAAUACUGAAAUUAAAACCCAACUAUAGCCUCAGGUUUUCUUAACAUUCUGUUUUUUUAUUCAUUCGCUUAUGUUGGAUAAUAAAAAAGUUAGGUAUUUUAACAACUAGCCAUGUUCUUCAUCAAUACAGGUUGUUUUUAAAUAAGUGCGACAAACUUUAAGGGGUAAUUCUGCAUAAAAAAUAAUGACCGUUUGCUUUAUAAACAUAUGUCCGCAAAUGCUUUGUUUCCGAGAUACGGGAUGUUGGAUUUUUUCUUACAAACUGACGAUUUAUUUAUUGCUCUAAAAACCGGUUGAGAUAUACAAAUGAAAUUUGGUAGGCUUUAAGAGGUUGUUAUUGCGCAUUUUUUGACAUACAAUUAAGAAUUUUAUAUUUACCAUUGGCGUGCAUGCGGGUAAUAUUAUCCGUCAUAUUACCCGUAUGCGCGCCAAUGGGGAAUAUAAAAUUCUUAAUUGCAUGUCAAAAAAUGUGCAAUAACUGUCUCUUAAAAUCUACUAAAUUUAAUUUGCAUAUCUCAACCGGUUUUAGAUCAAUAGAUCGAUAGUCAAAUACAACAAUGAAUCGUCAGUUUGUAAAAAACAAAUCAACAUCCUGUAUCUCGGAAACGCAGCAUUUGCGGACAUAUGUUUAUAAAGCAAACGGUCAUUAUUUUUUCAUGCAGAAUUAUUCCUUAAAGAUUGUCGCACUUAUUUAGAAACACCCUGUAUUGAUGAAGAACAUGGCUAGUUAUUAAAGUACCUAACUUCUUUAUUAUCCAACGUAAACGAAUAAAUUAAAAAACAGAAUGUUAAGAAAAUCUGAGGCUAUAGUUGGGUUUUAAUUUCAAUAUUUUAUAAAUGUUAGAUUAUUCCACAGGGUGUAGUGAACUUUGAGAAAAAACACAGUUUGAUUGGUACACCCGGUACACAAUGAUAAUUUACCUGCCUAGCAACAAUAUUAUUACAGCGAUAUUGCUAAAAAAUAAGGCUGUAAAAUAUUUAAAAAAUCACUUAAAACGGACAAGAGGUUUAGGAAAUUCGAGACAUCAUAAAUGACCCAUUUUGUGGGGUGGCCGUUUUUAUGUCGGUCAGUGUACAUAAACAAUAGGUUCUGAAUAUUGUACUUCAAAAAGAAAAUGUAAUUGUAAUCAGCAAUUUCAAAAGUCCCUUAUCUUAUAAUAUAAAUUUUCGAAAAUAAAAUUUUCGAAUUUCUUUCGGCUAUAUUGGAUUCGCCAUGUUAUUUUUCAAAAAAUAAAUGUUAGAUUUGUAAUCACCGACCUUAAACUACCAAAUUUGACAAAUAAUUUUGCGUUCUGAUUGAUAUUUUCAAUUCCUUUUUCAAAAAAAAAUUAUGUCAGAUUCAUAAUCAGCAAUGCAAAAAACCCUCAAGUACAGUUGAGUUCAAGGUUCUUUACCAGUGCGUGACCAUUUAAAGCAUACGAAAUAAGUCGGAAAUUUACUAAGCGCAACAGCAAGUAACAGCAUAGGCGUAACCAGGGGGGUUUUGGGCAGAAAGUGACUACUGCUCUGAUCACGGGUUAUAGUAUAAAAUUUGAUUUUAUCAAAUAAAUAGAAUGUCAAAUGUAGGUUUUGCUUUAAAAUUUUGGUGCAUAAUUACAGCUACAUUUGAAUUAGCUUAAUAAAUUCUUUUAAUAUCAUUGAUUAAUAAAUAAAUAAACAAUUUAUAAAAAAAUUCAAUAACAUAUUUUGUCAUUUUAUCCACUUUGGCGGAAACUUAAACACUUCCUUAACUGUGUGAAUGAGGUUAGCUUUGUAUGUUGUAAAAUAAAUGUAACAAAUGUAAAUAUACUUAAGUACCAUAAAAUUUCAAACUCCAAUAUAAAAUUAGUUGUGAAAAAAACUGUUUGUGUACUAUAAGGUUUGUUCCAACUCGAUACAAAACCGUGCUUGAACGGUUACGAGUAUGCGCAGUAACGGAAAAUGUGUUACUGCGCAUAACUAUUCGUUAUUGCGCAUGCGCGUAACGAUUCAAGAACGGUUUUGUAUCGAGUUGGAACAAACCUAUAAAAAACUUCAAAAUGCAAAAAUUCGACAAAAUUCAACAGACUGACGGCCACAAAAGUAAACAAACCAGAACCGUCACAAAUUGUACUCAAAAUAUGAAAACAUCCCCAAACGUCUUUUUUUGUACCUAUCUCUUUCCAUUAUUGACUGAGUCUAGAGCGUUCAUAAAAAUAACAUGUGUUUUUACUUAAUAAUAGGCGGUAGCUGGUUUGUCAUUAGUUUCAUACGUGGAAGAGAAUGAUGCUAGAUAAAAAGUAUGUGUUUUAUCUCGCCAGGUAUUAAUGACGCACGGGUAAAGAAUUGUGGACUCAAGUGUACGAAAGUAGUUCCGAAGUUUAUGAACAAUAUAGGUGCGCUUUUAAAGGUUCAUGACCACUUUUUCGGCAUUUGGAACCAUAGUGUGGCGUAUAAAAAGUGGAGUAGAAGUUGUCAAGAUCUAGAAUACUACAAAAUGUUUAUUUAUUUUAUUAUUAAUUUUUUGAUUGUAUACAGGGUGUCCCCGAAAAUAGUGCGUUCCUUUAAGGUAUGGAUAUAAUACACAAUUUAGAACAAAAAAGUCCUAUAACAUUUUUUUCUAAAGUUAACUGUUUCUAAGAAAAAAUUACAUUGUUCUCCAUAUAAGUGAAUUUUUAUUUUCAUAAAUUUGAAUGGCAUGGCAACGUAGCCUAGAAGAACUUGCUGUGACUGUGGAAAUUUAACCUAAUAACCCCUUGUUUAUUUACUUUGAGGUGUGAGUUUUGGGGUUGUUGACAUCGUAGGUACCUACCUGCAAAAUAAUGGAUAUGGGUUUGGUUGAUAUUUACAUUAUUUUACCUACCAGAUGCAACUGACCUACAAACCUACUUUUUUAAUCUUUAGAUUUUUGAGUUGCGCGUUGUUACCAGACUUCAAUUCGCAUAUCAAAACGUAUUUUCGUUUUUUUGGUCAAACGGAUCAAUUUAGAAAAAAAUGUUAUAAGACUUUUUUGCUCUACAUUGUGCCUUCUACCUAUACCUUUAAGGAACGCACUAUUUUCGGGCACACCCUGUAUAUUCCGUUUGAAAAUAUAUAAAUUAAACAUGUUCAGUUGCAGUUGUGUUAAGUUUUCGACUCUUUAAACUUUUCUUUUGUCUUGAUUUAAUUUUUUAUUUAAUAAUAUGGUUCUUUAUGUCGUAAAUUUUAUACUCUAUAUAAAAGCGACUGUGAUUUUAUUUGUUUUAAUAAAGCGUUUAAUAAA